AUCCUGUUAGUCCUUAUAAUACUGUUUUGUGCAUCUAAUUAGCUAUCAAAUGUCCUCAUAAUUGAGUAAGUCCUCAUAAGUUGUGUUGUGUGUAAACAAACUCUGAAGUGAAAUCUGUGCUGUGUGGCUCAAAAUAGAUUUUUUUUUUUUGAUAUACACACAUCUCUUGUAGAGCAAGUGGAAAGGGGAGUCCCCCUAAUGCAGCAAAAAAACCGGUUUAGGGUGCAGUGUCCUUGUAGUGCACAAAAACCCGUGCGUGUGUGUGUGUAUGUGUGUGUGUAUGUGUGUGUGUGUGUGCAUGUAUGUGUGUUCUGCGCUUCGCUCGGAUGGAGGAGAAGAAGAAGUGUGUGAACGCGCGUUUUCUCUCCGUCGAUGGGGAUCUGGGUUUUUCUGAUGCUCGCGGCGCGCGCAGAAGCGUUCGGGAUUAAUAAUAAUAAUAAUAAUAAUAAUAAUAAUAAUAAUAAUAAUAAUAGUCGUGUGUUCGGUUAGUAGACUGUUUAUCCGCAAAACAACUUUUUGUUUCCGUUCCGCUGUCUGUCGUUUUCGUGCUGCGUUCAUAUCCGCCGUGUUACUUUCGCGCGCGCACUAUGCUGCUCGGCGCUCCGGCGCUCACGUGGCUUCUUUCCGGCGCAUUCGGACCCAACCGGAGGAGGCGCGCGGCCGCUCGGUCAGUCCGUGUGCGCGCUUUUUGGUCCCCUUAGAACAGAUUUUUCUCUCUCUCUCUCUCUCUCUCUCUUUUCUUCUUCUUUUUCUUCUGCAAGCAUUUUUUUUAUUCUAUUUAUUUUAUUUAUUUAUUUUUAUUUUUGGAUGAAGGACCGACUUGAGCCUUGAGACUUACGACUUAAGACUUGAGACGCGCGCGUGCCUGCGCGUCUUCAUCGGGUCUGCACCGAGAGGAGACUCGUCGGAGAAUCUCUCGAGAAACCGGAGGGGACACAAAGUGCACGAGACUGGAGGCGAGACGCAGAUAUGGGUCUGUCGAGUUGUGCCAAGAGAUUAGCAUGCCUCCUCUCUCUCCUUGCCUCCUUCUUCCAUCUUCUCUGCUCCGGGGAGAAAACAUGUCCUUACAGCUGCCGUUGUGAGAGUAAAAUCGUCCAUUGUGACUCAGCAUCUUUCAUCGAUGUCCCAGAAAACAUUUCAGUAACUUGCCAGGGUUUGUCUCUGCGAAACAAUGACUUGCACACAAUGCUCCCUUACCAGUUUGCCCACCUGAACCAGCUCCUCUGGCUGUACCUGGACCACAAUCAGAUCUCGUUUGUAGACAGCCGUGCUUUCCAGGGCAUACGACGGCUAAAGGAGUUGGUCUUAAGCACCAACAGGAUCUCACAACUACACAAUGCUACGUUCCACGGCGUGCCAAAUCUGCGUAGCCUGGACCUGUCCUAUAACAAACUCCAGGAAUUGCAGCCAGGUCAGUUCCAUGGUCUUCGAAAGCUACAAAAUCUGCAUCUACGCUCCAACGGGCUCACAACAAUUCCUGUUCGGGCUUUCAUAGAGUGCAGAAGCCUGGAGUUUCUGGAUCUGGGGUACAAUCGACUUCGUGUCCUCACGCGUACUACGUUCUUGGGUUUAUCUCGGCUGAUGGAACUGCACCUGGAGCACAAUCAGUUCUCCAGGAUCAACUUCUUUCUUUUUCCACGCCUUGCAAACCUCCGUGGGCUGUAUCUCCAGUGGAAUCGUAUCCGGGCAGUUAACCAAGGCUUCCCCUGGAUGUGGUAUACCCUGCAGAAGCUGGACCUGUCUGGCAAUGAGAUCCAGAGUCUGGAUCCUGUGGUUUUCCAAUGCUUGCCAAAUCUUCAGGUUCUUAACUUGGAGUCUAACAAGCUUGCUAAUGUGUCCCAUGAGACGGUGGCAGCCUGGAUUUCCCUCUCAACAAUCAGCCUCGCUGGGAAUGUCUGGGACUGUGGGCCGGGCAUUUGUCCUCUCGUCGCAUGGUUAAAGAAUUUUCGUGGAACUAAAGACACAAGUAUCAUUUGCAGUAACCCUAAACAUCUUCAAGGGGAAAAGGUUAUGGAGGCAACAAAAAAUUAUAUCGAUUGUGAUGAUUUUGAACUCAUUGCCCAAACACCGUUUCCGCACCACACUUGGGAGUCAAGUAUGGAAACUACCCCUGAGCCAAUCUUGCCUUUGACAACUGCCGAACUACCCCUGCCUCCAGCCACCUCUGAACCACCCAUCCCACCAUUGUUGGCUCAACCUCUUCCUUAUCCUACUGUCCCUGAAACCAACCCCAGAGACACCCCUCCGAAUACGCCACCACCCUCCAACAGCCUGCUAGUGACACCGUCUCCAGAACAAGAGGACUUAUCCUUCCAUAAGAUUGUGGUUGGUGGUGUGGCACUUUUCUUUACAACAUCACUCAUCUUGAUGGUGAUAUACGUCUCCUGUAGACGGUAUCCUGGAGCCACACGGCUGUUGCAACAGCGCUCCGUGGUCGGACGGAAGCGACGGAAAAAGAGUCCCGAGCCAGAACAGAACCUGAGCUCCCAACUGCAGGAAUAUUACAUGAGCUACAACCCUGCUGCUACGCCAGAAGCCAUGGAUGUACUGGCCAAUGGGACUGGUACUUGCACAUGUACCAUAUCCGGCUCCAGGGAAUGUGAGGUAUGACAAUGUCAAGGGCAGCCUAAAAUCAAAACAAAUCAAAGCAAAUGAAACGGCUCUGGACAGCAGAGGUAAACUUCUUCAUUGUGUACGCCAUUCGUACUCACUUGAGUAAGCAUCAGGAUAAGCACCCUUGACUCCUUAUAGUCGGCUUUAUGACUUAUUCCCUUUUCGCUUUUAGAGCCAGCUUUACACUGUACGAUUUCCGGCUUGAUUUUAUUCUCGUUACUUCUGUCCCAAAAACAUGCAUCGGAGAGUACAAACCAAAGUCGCGUCCCAAAUGACAUACUAUGAAUUUUAGAAAGGUCGUAUCAUCUAUAACGGAACACUAGCGAUUUUUCACUAACUGUAAGGAAUAAGCCGUUUCCCAGUCGUUGGUCCAUGAUGUCAAACACACGUAAUGUGACACCACUAGCUUUACCAGAGUACCCAUUUGCAACGAAAAAACAUUUAUUGAUUAUACUGUUUAUGUCAGAGUUACUUUUUAUGCCCAACAUGACCUGAGUCACCGUCAGAUGGAGGCGUAAUCGUCACGUGACCCAAGUCCUCUAAGACAGUGGAGGCAUUUUAUAUUACCAAACUCGGUUUGAUGAAUGUCCAUGUUUAUGCAAAUCCAUCGAUGACCUAAUGACCUAGACGUCAUCCCACAGCGUGAAAAGAGCGCUGAAAUCGCACAGUGUAAACCCGGCUUACGUUUACCAAUCACAGAAUUUAGCAUGUUGCACCAAGACACAUUAGAAUCAUUGAGAAUCAGGAGUCAAUGGUUACUUAACCAAACUGAUUCGAUUGCAGCAAUGCUUCACUCACUAUUUCUUUUGCACUUCAUUAUUUUAUUCUGUUUGCUCCGCCGCAGCGUUCGGAUUGGCUACGCAGUAUUUCUUCGGGGAAAAAAAAACCCAGAGCUAUGAAAUCCAGAUGCACGGCGAACCAUUUAUUUAGUGGAAAAGUGUUAUUUUAUUGCACUUGCCAUCGCUAGCGGUAAUGAGUAGCAUUAGCGCACAUAUUAAAUAUGGCCAAAUUAAAGCUUUCGGUUUGCAUUUCACGGAAGACUUAACGGUCAUACGUCUUGAUGUGAAACUGAUUUUGCUUGUUGGAUUACCAUGGAACAGAUGUCGAAUGAUUCAUUUUCAGCAAAAGGCACAGAAGGCACUUGAAAUAUAGAUAUAGAUAUAGAUCUGCAAGGCUCAUUAGUGAGAAAAGGAAACUGCUUUCCUCCUACCUGACUAUAAUUACUUGUAUUUAAUGUAGACGAUGGACUUUUUGUCUCUCUUUUAUCUCUUUUACCUCCUUCUGCAGAACCAUAUGUGCCAAUUUUGCAAGAUUAAAAUGGAAGUGGAGAGAUUGUAGGACAUUUAAUAUGGGUUUGGUGGAGUGUUUGUUUUUAGGGGUGUUACAGUUUGAAAAUAUCACACUAUGAUAACCUAUUCUAAAAAAAAAUAUCAUGGUUAUUAAUCAACCAUUUUAAAAACACAUGAGCUGGUGGUGAAAUAUUUAUUAGGAAUUUUUUUUUUUUUUUUGUACAAAAGUCUUUUUGCACAAGAUUCUGUAUACGUAAAUAAAUCGAAAGGAAACAAAAAGUUCAAAUUUCCUAAUUGGUCUUUUUUCUGCCGGUUCGUUUUCUGGGCAUACGUUUGUUAAAUAAUGUUGUCGGAGGUCUUUCUGAUCGUUUUGCAUGGGGUUUCUGGGAUCUCUGUCUUCACAAUGUACACAUGGUCAUCACAUUCAAAAUGUCAUGCAUGCUAGAUAUACCUCAUUUUAAUGCAAACUAAUUGGGACUUUUAUUCAGCCCUCAUU